CACGACAAGAAUGCCGCCGGGCGCGAGCGACGUGACCUUCACGAAGUGCACCAUUCAUUUUGCAUUUGACGCAGUCGAGAAGAGGACAUCACUCCUAACAUGGGCUGCUCCUCGUCCACACAGGCAUAUGCGCCGACCCCGGCCGCGAUGCUGACCCAGAAGUCCACCCAUACGCUCAACAAGACGCCGCGUGGCGGACGGACCAAGUCCGUUCGUAGAUACGACCCAACCCCCACGACGUCGUCGGCGUCUGGCGUCAUCCAGCACGCAUCUGCAUACCCCGACUUGGCGCCGUACUUUGGCGAAUACUUUGUCGACUGCGACGACCUUCUCAUCGUGCGCCAGAUUCCGGCGACGUACAUGAAGACAGCGAUGGGCAACCUCCAUGGCGCGUCUGUCUUGAUCAAGUCGAUCGAUUCGGAUGCGUCCACGGAGGACAAGAAUAAGUCCCGGAAGGCCCUCGUGUCCGAGAUUUCAUCGCUCGCUCGGAUCGCGCAUCCUAACAUUGUCGGGUUUGUGGGGUUCUCAAUCGAAGCAGACACCAAGGGUCUCGUAUGUCUGUCUGAGUUCAUGGAAGGCGGGACGCUACGAAACUUGCUCGACAACCCGCGGGCGUUUGCGCGGCUAACGUGGUCCGUCGAGAAGAUCGGUAUUGCAAUCGACAUUUGCUCGGCGCUGGUGUACAUGCACAGCCUGAAGCCGCGGCUCAUCCACCGCAAUGUCAAGGCGAGCAAGGUGCUGCUCAAUAAGAAUCGAACAGUUGCCAAGUUGAGCGGGUUCGGCGGGUCCCGCGACCGCACGUUCGACCAAGAGAUGACCAACAACAUUGGCGACAUUCAGUGGAGUGCGCCGGAACUCAUCAUGGAGGACGAAGACUACACCGAAAAGGUCGACGUGUACUCGUUCGGGGUGCUGCUCACAGAGCUCGACACGGGCCUCAUUCCGUUCGCGGACGUCAAGAGCACGAUGGCUGCAACGGCGUUCACCAACAAGAUCGUGUCUGGCGCCCUGCGUCCGCAGCUCUCGCCGACGUGCCCGCCCGCGAUCGCAAAUGUCGUCAAGCACUGCCUCCAGCAGGACCCACACAUCCGACCGGCCAGCGAACGGGUCCUUCACAUGCUACUGACUGCUAAGGCCGAGUUGGCAAGGUCCGCCGAUGAAUAGAGGAUCGCUUAAUGCUAUUAGUUAUUAUGCUGUACAUAUACACCAGUGUGCUUGAUUUGUC